AUGUCGAGAUAUUUCACAUCACCAACGCCCGUGUAUGCGAGGAACUGGACCAACGGUCAGAACUUGGUCGAAUCGACUAAGAUUGAAAGACAAAUAGUCUCAUCAAAAAAGGUGCACCGUAAAGAGAAGGAGAGAAAGAUAGAAAAGAAACUGAAGAAUGAGAAAACCAUUGAACAUAUAUACCUACCGACCAAGCAGUUGUCUGAUGAAUCUGACCAUCUUGAGGGGAGUUGUUUGACUGAUGAACCUGUUGAGUAUCUGUCUGAUGGUAGCCAAAAUAGUAAGAAGAGAAGAAGGGAAGCUUCUCCUGUUGUUGAGAGUAAUAUCAAAGCUAAGCCUGUAACUGUUAAUCCUCUACGGAUACGUUUUGUCUUCAAGAAACCAAAAGAAACCGUGGCUCUUGUCCCUCAAGAACCUCAAGAGGAUCAUGUUUGCUCCACCUCAGGGACAAGUUCCGACUUAUCUCAUGAUGAGAAUCUACCCUCGACUUCUCCUGAGAGUGACAAGACUGCAAGUCUAUCUGAAUCAAAGAAGAAAAAGAAACACAAGACAAGCAAAGAAUCACGUUACAGUUCACUGUUUGAUGAACCUGUUCUUCCCUGUCUUUCCAUGGAGGAAGACAGUAGCAACAGCGAUGGCUGGCUUAUUAGUGCAAGGCUGCAAGAGAGUAGUCCUACCAAGUGUAAUACAAGUGAAGACACGGUUAUUAACGUGCAGAAGUCAGAGGCAUGUUUUCCUAGUUCAAAGUUUUUGUCUGAAGUGGGAAUGUUUUCAUUGCCAUACACUGUCCUGUUUUAGGUCCCCCAAAAUUGUUUUGUUCUUUCUCAGCUUAGGCGUUGUACAGUUCCACGGAUUGUAACAAUCACAAAGGUCAAUAAUACUUGAACGAUCUCCCAAUUUUGGAUAAUAAUCUUGUAAUACUACUUUUUCAAAAGAAUCGAAUCUAACAACCGCUUAUAAUAUAGACCAAUGAUGUUUCUGCCGACAUCAUUGAGUUUAUGGUGUGUUGUCUCUUUUCUUGUU